CCAAGACAACACACGUGGGGAAGCUUGCUUACUCGUCUUGUCACUUACUCACUAUUACUCUCACAUACACUCUCACUCUCACUCUCACUUACACUCACUCACACACUCUCUCAUACACACAGGCACAGACACUUACACAGAUGCCCACAAUGUCAGAAAGGAGCUUUUGUUUGUUUUUAGCGUCAUCCUGUGUAGCUUUGAUCCCCCCUUAUUUUAACCUCCCUUCUUUUCUUAGAUGUACGUGCAUCUCCCUAAUAAUAAUAAAUGGAGAUAGUUUUAUUUUAUUUCUUUUGUUUCUCUCUCUCUCUUUUCUCUCUUUUUUUCUAAUAUCGCAGACCCCUAAGAAUGGACUUUUUAAAGGCAAUAGCCAAAGAUGAUAUAGAUAAAGUACGACACAUGUUACAGUCAGGGAUGGACGUCAACAGUUCUUUUCCUUGGAACGCUAAAGACACCUAUUCACCCGUCAUCCCCAACCAUAAUAAACCAGACAACUUGCAAACCGAUCAAGAGUAUCAAUGCAAACCUUUAAAUAUCGCUGUCUUGGGUGGCCAUCCCAAUAUGGUCCGACUCUUAUUAAGCGCCGGCGCAGAUAUCAAUAACAAGGACGGCCGAGGAAGAACACCGCUCGUAUGCGCCAUCUACGGCUUGGACUUGGACGCUUCCAAUAUCGACCCAUCCAACCUGUACUUUAUAUCGCAGACAAAUCCCUCUCACUUUGACAUCAUGAAGAACAUCUUACUCUGUCACCCCAACCUCUAUUAUGCAACUCUUGACUCCCCUCAGUAUGAAAUUAAAGGAAUCACUCCUUUAUGCCUGGCCAGUUAUCUAGGAAAAUCAGACAUCAUUCAGCUCUUAUUAGACGAUGGACGUGUCAAUGUCGAUGGCACCGACAGUAAAAACGCAACCGCAUUAAUGUACGCUGCAAGGGAUGGAAAUGUCCCCAUUGUCAAAAUACUACUCGAUUAUCACGCUUCACCCGAUAUCACUGAUAGUCAUGGCUGGUCCGCUAUUCAAUACGCUGAAGUUAACCCAGAAAUCGUUCAACUAUGUGAAGCCGUAUUACGUAUUAAACGUUCAGAUGGUGUCAAUCACGCCAAAUUAUCUCACUUUAUCACCACUUUACCCGACUAUCCAUCCUCUCUCUCACACUUACAAUUCGACACCUUGAAGGAACUGGAUCAUUUAGACCCUGCUGCUACUGCACAGGUUCAGAUUGUUCAGAGUGCUUUCUUACAUGCCAUCAAAAUACAUGAUCAUCUCUCCUUACAAACCUUAUUGAUGAAAUCACCUUCUGUCAAUGGAGGUGUGCCUUCUCCCGGACCCCUUUUAAUCAAUCAUCACGAUCCCAAAACAGGUCUAACCGCAUUUCAUCAUGCAAUGCGUACAAAGCCUUUACCUUCAUUGGAUACCAUCACCUUGUUGUAUCAGGCCGGAGCGGAUAUCAAUGCUCAAACUUAUUAUGGACGCACCGCUCUACACCAUCUAUCUCGAUUCGGACGGGACAAGGAUGGGAAAUCAUGGGGUAUUCAAAAGAACAAUCACACAGUCACCCCUCCUAUCCAACAACCGAUCACCACCAUUCAAGGUGUCCCUGUUGCGCAGCACAUUGCCAUGUGUGCCUCUGUCUUGAUCCGAUUCGGUGCACUUGUCAAUAUAGCCGAUCCUACGGGAAACACACCGCUGCAUUUUGCUGCGGAGUUUGGUGGGGUGAUGGAAGUCAUUCAAGUCUUGAUUAUGGAAGGUGGUGCGGAUUUAAAUGUGAAGAAUAAGAAACAAUUAACUCCGUUGGAUGUAUGUAAAACAGAAGACAUGAAGCGCAAGAUGAUGGCUCUGGAAUCAGAACGACGUCAUUCAAAGACCAAGUCCGUAAUUUCCUCUAUCAGUGGCACCAUACGACCCUUUGAUUCAGCCAGCGAAUACAAUUGUUCUUCUAUUACUCGAUCUGUUUCACGCUCCUUUAUCUUUCAUGCCGAGAGUAAAAAACAAGUCAUCUUGCAACAGCAAAAGCAGUUACAAGGAGGAAAGACCGGGGAGACCACCAGCACCACCGAUUUCGAUGUGAUCUUGAAGGCCUUUUUCAGUUAUCAGACCACUUUUACCGAUUCCAUUGAGUCUUCCUUGGCUUAUAUCACAGAAUCCAUUUUGGGUAAAUAUGCUUCGCACGAGGGAGAUCAUCGUUUAACUCUACAACAGUUGGAAAAAACCAUUGGUCAAUUACGCUUUGAAUUGAAUGAAGCGGUUGAAAUGUUUGAUUCCACAGAUCAGCUCGUCGAGAAAGUCAUGAUGGCCUUUCGUGAAGAGUUGGAAGGCGUAGAGCAAAUUCAUCAAGCCGAUUGGGAAUUAUCCGAGUUACAACAUGAUAAAAUCGAAAAACUAUUCGAUGUCUUUGAACGAAUUGAAGGCCGAUUUUGUCAAUUAGAAUUAGCCCAGGAUGAUUUGAUCUCGCAAGUUGAACGUCUUCGAAAGGCCGCCUCUAGAAUUCAGACAGAGGAUCAUGCUGUCACCGAUGUUGGUACCUGUGUCAUUCAUCUCUCUCAAUCGCUGGCUAUUUUGGAAACCGUGCCCUUUGUGCUGCAUUCGCGGGAUGAUCGAAAUCGCUUGUGUCAAGAUAUGGCCACCGUGGUCGAAAAAGUCGUUCGAAAGAUCGAUGUACAGGUCUUGCAAGAAUCGGGUAUGUCACGUCAAAAGACCUUAAAGGAUGCCAAGUCGCUUGUGAACGGACGGUGGAAGGCAGUGAGGGAAUUAUUAACCAAGGAGGAAGUGCCUGCCUCUUCAUUAACACGUUCUGCCAGCUUAGCAGCCCGUACCGACACGAAAUCAAAACUCAUCUUUCGAGACACGAGCGAGCCCUCUUUAAACCAACUCGAACUCUCUUUUGAUAUCUUGCAUUCCAACAUGUACGAGAUUCAAAAGGAUAUUGAAGAUGUGAUACAUAACCUGGAGAAACUCACCAAGAGCAAAAAAACGUUAUACGAACUUUGUCUCUCUCUGGAAAAGGAAUUAAUGGAUCCCACACCUCCAGGUCGAACAAAACAAGACAUCAAUAUCGAAUUAAAACAAGUCUUGAAUAUCACACAGCAAUUAUUAGAUAAACAAGCUUCACUCGAAAAAGAACGUAUUCAUCUCGUGCAGGAAUACGAAACCAUCCAAAAGGAACUCCUCGUCACGCAAGACUCACUCCAAAAGGUACGCCCUCCUCUCUUAUUACAAGGUUUGUUGGAUCGUCUCGAUACCGAUGAAACUCCCUGUGUACGUAUCGAAAAAGACUGGAAAGAAGACCCUCAUUUAGUCUCAGAAGUCAUCAUGAUGGAAGAUAUCAAGCGUAGUUCUUUAGAGGAAGAAGAGGAAGAAGGUCUCUCCACUUUACAAUCCAAACAAUUAAACGCUCAAUGCACAUCCACAUUAGCUGCACAAUGCUACAUCGGCCGUUUGGAUGCCAGUCUUUACUGUCUAAAAGUAUUGGCCAAGCAUCUCAUCUCUCAAGCACGACAUAGUCUUGUUCAAGUCCAAGCAGCUUUAGGCCAAGCCAGUACGGACCUAGACGAAACGCGUAACCAUAUGACACAACUCUACGAUGAUGCAGCAGAAGUAGCAAGACAAGUGUAUGCGCUUAAACGAGAACUCGAAACUAUUGUACGUCAUCGUAAAGAAGAAGUGAUUAAAGUAUGGGAAGUAGUGGAUGAUGUCUCUGCGGGCGUGGAUGCCAAAGCGAUUCAAUGUGCCACAGCAGCAGGGGAAGGAAAAAAGACCUCCUCUACAAGUCAUGUAGGCUUACUAGGCGAUUUAGCAGCAGGCAAUGCACAGGAAGAAAAUAAAGAAGGUCAGGAUAGACAUCAAUGGAUUAUUCGAGAAUUGGAGCAAUUACAGCAUGUGCAUGAAAGUCUACAGGAUGCAGUGGAAGGAUUGAAACAGGAACAAGCUAUGAUUGGUCAACGUUUGCGACAAUUAGCUUCAGCCUAUAUAGAGCCUCAGGUGGAUACGUUGGUUGGUCAGGAUGCUCAUUCUUUGUUAUCCAUCAGUGAUCGACUAGCAGAACUCAUGGAUAGGAUUCGUGAUAGUGAGUUGGGGUUACGCCCUCUUUCUUUCUGGUCGCCUUCAGCCAAUGAAUCUGUUACCGUGGUUUCUAAUACCACCGGCACCGGUCCGCGUGUCACGACAAAUCGAACAAGCACAAACAAAAUGUCGCGUUUGUCUUCGGCGACAAACCGAUUGAGUGUAUCCACGGUAGCGAGUAAGACGUCGUAUGGAGGACGAUCCAGUGUGAUGAUGGAUAGUAGUAAACGUAUGAGCACAGCAACUACUCGAGAUAAGAAACGCAUGAGCAUGAUUUCUGCUACCAGUCUUUCCUCACUUUCUUCAUAUCAACAGGAACGUAUGAUUGCACGUGUAUCCAAUCUCAGUAGUGUUCUUGCUCAAGCCAAACAACAAAGUCGGCUAUCUCGACAUUAAAAAGAUAUCGAUAACCGUGUAACCAUCCUACUUUUUUUUUUGUGGGUUGGCGUAUUAAAAACGAGUUUUGUAUUAAUAAUAAAACAAUACGGGUCUUUUAUUGUUUAUGGAAAAUAAAAAGACUGUGCAUGUA